AUGCAAUGUCACCCUCAUUCCUCAUUUGUAGGUUCCGAGUUUGAUGAAGAGGGCAAUCUCAAAAUUAUUGCCGGAGAAUUCAGAAAAUCUGAAUUCUGUCAGCAGCAUUCCUUGUUGCCUCGAGAUCUGCGCACGAUUGAUACCAAUACGUUUUACCAGAAACCUUCAAUCCUUGUGCGUUCCAAGGCUAUACUGGUUAAUAUGGGUCACAUAAAAGCACUACUAAAGAGCGACUCUGUGAUUCUAUUGGAUACAUAUGGAUCAUCAGAUAGUUACAACCAAAGCGUUUUUAUUGAUGAUCUUCAAGAGCGGCUGAAAUCACACAAAGAGGGCCUACCUUUUGAAUUUAGAGCACUGGAAGCUAUCCUGAUUGCUGUCACUUCAUCCCUUCAGUCAGAAAUAGAAGUCCUGGAAGGGCCUGUCAACAAACUUCUCAGCGAUUUGGAAGAUUUGGCUGAUAUUGAAGAGUCUGUGAGUGGGUACCGUUUGCGAGAUCUUUUACAAUAUUCCAAAAAACUGUCAAAAUUUGAGCAAGAUGCACUCUCGAUUCGUGAUGUUCUUGAAGAACUUUUGGAUCACGAUGAUGACUUGGCUGCUAUGUACCUAACAGCAAAGAAGGAGAAACAGCCUAGAGCGUCUGUUGACCACGAAGAAGCUGAACUGCUAUUAGAAGCUUAUCUCAAACAGACUGAAGAAAUUGCUUCCAAAGCAUCCACACUUCGGUCUCACAUGCGCUCGACCGAGGAAAUUGUUCAGAUUAUUCUGGAUGUCUCACGCAAUUCUCUGAUGUGGUACGAUAUUCGUCUAACCAUUCUAACCCUAUCGGCCACCGUCGUCAGUGGUUACGGGGCCCUAUUUGGCAUGAAUUUGCGGAACUACUUUGAAGGCGACCCCUUUGCGUUCGGGCUUGUUUCAGGCCUUGCACUAUUGUCAGGUUGUGGCGUGUUUGCUGUUUCUGUUCGUAAACUAAAGACACUUGCGAAGAUGAAAGGAUAGAAAAUAAUAAUAAUACAUGUACUCUUAAGUGUUUAAACAAUAGACAGCCCUCUUCUCCAUUCCUUCUUUGUGUAUGACAUUUUCUUUCUUUCUUAAUAUAACCCUUUCCUUCUUCUUCUUCUU